AAAGUGAGGUUAUGUUUUAGCAUCAAGCACCACAUCUUCAAAAUAUCUUCAUGAGUUUUUGAGUCAUGAAAAUGAGUAGUUUACCAGAUAUAAUUUUAAUUCAUAGUACAAUGGCUAAAGUUUCUAAUCUCUUGAUAUUCAUGAAUCUGUUAUCGUUUUCCUUGGUGAAAUAAACUCAAUAAGCAAGCUCCAAACAAGUGUCGAUCUGAAUUUUUGACUAAUUUCGAUUAGCAUUUGUGUCUUAUCAGUGAAGUUUUCCACCUCUUUUCAACAACUUUCCUGUAUGAUUUACUCUUCAAUUGGAAAAUUUUUUAAAAAUGGAUGCUCAUCGUCAACAAUUAGACGAGUGGAUUAAAGAGAAGGAAGUCUUACUGGUCACAGGAGGGUACGAUCACACCAUCAAAGUAUGGCAAGCACACUCAGGAGUUUGCAAACAGACAAUGCAGCAUGCUGACUCUCAAGUCAAUGCUCUUGAAAUUACUCCGGACAAACACCGAAUUGCAUCUGCAGGGUACAAACAUAUCAGGAUUUAUGACAUACAUGGCAACAACCCUAAUCCAGUGAUCAACUAUGAGGGGGUCUCGAAGAAUAUUGUUGGUGUAGGAUUCCAAGAAGAUGGUAAAUGGAUGUUCACCGGCGGAGAAGAUUGUAGUGCCAGAAUAUGGGAUUUAAGGUCUCGUACUUUGAUGUGUCAGAGGAUAUUUCAAGUUUCAGCACCUGUAAACUGUGUUUGUUUACAUCCCAACCAAGUAGAAUUAAUUGUAGGCGACCAAAGCGGAAUCAUCCAUCUAUGGCAUUUAAAAACUAAUCAUAAUGAACAACUUAUACCAGAAAUAGAUGCGUCAGUUCAGUCCAUAGCAAUAGACUCUGAAGGAAACUACAUGGCGGCAGUUAAUAAUAAAGGACACUGCUACAUUUGGACCCUUACAGGUGGUCUUGGUGAUGAGCCGACAAAACUCAACCCAAAACAUAGAAUAGAAAUCCAUAAUCGUUAUGCUCUUAAAUGUAAAUUUAGUCCAGAUUCUACAUUGCUAGUCACAACAUCUGCUGAUCAAACAGCUCGUAUCUGGAAAACUUCAGAUUUUUCACUAAUCCAGGAGUUGAAAACGGAUUCUCAAAGAUGGGUGUGGGAUGCUGCCUUUACAAGUGAUUCCAAGUAUUUACUUACAGCAUCGUCAGAUGGGGCAGCUAGACUUUGGAGCGUUGAAACAGGCGCAAUAGAACGGGAAUAUAGUGGGCAUCAGAAAGCAAUUACUGCUCUUGCAUUCAGCGACCAAGUGCCUUUAAAUCCUCAGUACUUUUAUGAAGGUAGUAAUGAUCCAGCAAAUUAAAUGCUCCUCGAAAUAAUGGAGUUUCAAGCAGAUGGCAAAAAACGUUAACUUUUUUGUCCAAUCGUGCCUCUACCCUCUAUUUCCAAGGUUUCAGCUUGGGCGCCUGGUCUGGAGUGAGAUGCAGAAUCAAGAGUGCUUUUACCCUUUAUGACUCUAUGCUAUCUAUUUACGCACGAUUAGUAGCGCUUUUGAAACAUCAAGACAUACUGUUUUGGAAGAUGUGCAAGUUUUGCAUAGAAUUUAUCCUACCUGGGUAACUGUUCGUUCAGUUGUGCCAGUCGUUUGAUGGAAAUAUUUACGGAGCUGUGUCUCUUAAAAGACAUGGGCAUCAUUCAUUAUAGUAGUAUUCACGAAAGGUUCUCCUACCUUGAUUUUACUGGUACUGUACGUAGAACAUAUUGUGUAAAUAUGUUCACUCACUGAUUGAUAAACCAAAUUGGGUGUUAUUUUUGUCCAUAUGGAAUGAGAAACUUGGAAUUUUGAUGGAUCUUACUAUUUGUGCAAACAUGUCUGACCAUCUAAACACCAGUCCGUGGCUUGCUUACAAAGAAUCCUGGUGCAGCCUCUCUGAUUUCUUAAGCUAGCUCAUUUUUUUGUUGUGAACACCUUAAAGUCUUCGCUGCAAAGUGGGUCCCAUUAUAGAACUGGGGAAAGAAAAGAAUGAAUAGAUGAUGCAUCAACAGAAAGUGAAUUAAUCAUCAGGUGGCCCAUUGGUUAGCUUAGACAUUUUUAUUGAAUGGUGCCAUUAUCCGAUUUUACAUUAUAUCCAUUCUAUUCUUUCCUGAGUUUUAGUAGGGUGCUGUAAAUUUUUUCAUCCAAGUUUUUUCAGGAUCCCAGGUAAAAGAAAAUUGUAAAAAAUCCUGUACUAUAUGAAUUAGUUAUGACUUUGAUGAGCUCAUGUAACACCGGACGAUUUUGCCCAGUGAAACCAAUGCUCUCAGGUUGCAGAGUAGAAAAGGCACAAAUUGACAUUUUUUCUGCUUUUUCUUAAUUUUGUACAAAAAAUUGCAUUUCUGGCUGUGAUUAGGUUCUUACUUCAACCUUUGUUCCAACUUCAUUCUAAAAUUUUAGAAGCCAAAAGUUUUGGGGGCCAUUUACUAUUUGUUUUAGCAAGCAUGAACCUUUUUAUUUUUGAAACGACUAUCAGAGGACAUGCAUUUUGCAAAUAAGAAUUGAACUGAAAUUCCUUUAAAAACUGGGGCCGCUUCAGGGGUGUGAGAACCUUCUUGAUCAGAAAAAUGCAGAAGAAAAGGAAAAAGAAAGUAUGGAGACUGUGAUAAUUGAGAAGGCCGACUUAUAAUCGCCUUAAAUUGUACGUCUUUCGUAGGUUUGUAGCAGAAUUUGCGUGUUUUUUACGAAUCGCAGAAAUUUGUGAAUGAAGAACUAAAAAACGGUCAUAACUUUGAAAAUUUUAGAGACAAGGUAUUUUUCAGAUGGAGAAGACGGUUGGAAAAUGGGAAGGCUAAGAACGCUCUGCAUCCCUGCUGUAUCAUUUUUAGGCACCCUGUGUGUUGCUCAGUGAGAUCAGCUCCUCUCAUUUUUCAGUGCCAAAGCUUGAUUUUCAGGCAAAUUUAACGCAAGAUACCCAAUGAAGUUGGAACACACGAUUCAAACAUAGAAUGGGUAAAUCAUUCAAGUUUCUAUCUCUCUUAUUUUUGAGCCUUUCUCCAACUUUUUCACAUACUUUUUAACAUGUAUUUGUGUUAAAGUGGAUGAAGUUUUUGUGAAAGUUUAUAAUCUUUUCCAUAAGAGGUCUUUAUGAACACUAAUUAGAAUUACUGCCAUUUUUAAGACUUGCUGUAUUUUGAUUUCGAUCUCUUGUGUUUUUUUUUUUUAAACUGAUAAUUAAAGUUAACAUACUGCCACCAUCAUGACAGGAAAUUUCUAAAAAAUCAUGAUAGCUGCUGACAACCACAGAACUGCGAAUGGCUGAAAUUAGAUAACUAAAGAUUUUCUAAGUCCAAAUUAGAAGGACUUUGUUACUUUUAGUCUUCAGACACUGUAUUAAAUUAGUAAUGAAAUUGACUAUACUGCCAUGAAGACCGUUUGAUUGUACCUAGAUUAUCUCAUUAGACAAAGAUUUUUUUCACUUCUCUAGUGUACUGUAAACAGAUAAAAAUGUAAAAAGAGCCUAAUCUAAGGCAACGAUUUUUCAAA